ACUAAUAAAAAGUUGCAAGCUAGAAGUAUUUCUUUAAAUCGAUUGCCUUGUAUUUUUAAAUAAUUUUAGCUUUUAAGGUUUGUUUGAAUUUGCUUUCUGCUUCCAUAAAGCAUACCGAUACGCUGUAAUGCCGCUGCGGUGCUGCGACAUCCAACCGAGAGAAAAAAAAUGUAAGCUUGCACAAAAUAAGCUGGGUUUUAUAGAUAUGCUUUCUUAAAAUAAAUAUAUUUGUGAUCAUUAUUUAACUUAAAUCUGGAAAAACUUAAUAAUAUGGCAUGGACAGCCAUUUUGGCUCUUUGUUUAUUUUCCUUGUAUUUUGAAAAUGUUGAAUGCAACUUUACAUCUGGUGCUAAUAACAAUGUUAAGCAGUCAUCUUCAUCAACUAAAGGUGUGGCAAAGGAUAUCUUAACUGAUUUAGCUUCAGCUGCUAUUUGUAAAGGUUUAUACGUAGGCAGUCAGUUUUGCUGGUUAUUUCAUGAAAUUGUAAAUCAAAACAAGGUUAUUGAUCCUGUGAGCAAAAGAGAAGCAACUUUGUACAAUGGUGCUACUAUUGGAUCAUCAAUUGAUCAUCCUCACUAUUUAAGUUUACAAAAUGCUAACGAAGCUGAGUAUCCAUAUGUAGAUAUGGGAGAUUUUGCAGGAACAUGUGUUUCUGAUCCCAAUUUGUGCACCAAUGGUUUAACUGUAAUGUUUUGGUUAAAAAUGACUCAAGAUGAUAUUUCAAGAAUGUUUGAAGCAAGCUAUACUCAUCAAUAUAUUAUAUCAAGUGGCGGCCAAAAAAGUGAUUCAAGGGGGUUUGCUUUUCUGUACCAACAAGAUUCAAAUUUUAAUGGAUUCAAACUUCAACUUCAAGCAAGUGAUAGUGAUUAUGUGAUUGAGAUGAAUAGCAUUCCUAAUGAAUGGUUUCAUGUUGCAUUUACUUGGCAUAAAGAAGGGGAAAUUUUAUUGCCUGGGACUCGUGCUGGAUUGAUUUACUAUCAGAAUGGAAUUCAGGUAGGACCAUUAGGUACAGCUGUUGCAGGAAGUUAUCCUUUUGAUAAGCAGACUCGACUUACAAUUGGUAAACCAAACUAUGGAGAUAAAUUUUAUGGGAGAUUUUUGAUGGAUAGCUUCAUUAUAUAUUAUCAAGUUCAUCCUGUCAAUGCUAUUCUGAAAUUUGCUACAAGUGCAUCAAUCAGUGUGACAGAAAGUUUGUCAGGAAGCAUAUCAGGGAGUGUAUCAGGAAGUGUAACUGGAGUAAUCAAUGGAAAUGGAGAUGCAAGCUUAUCUUUGACAUAUCAAACAAGUGUAAAAAUGUAUGAAUAUGCACGAUGGUUUUGGCCAUUUAAAUCAGUACGAAUUUCUGAUGCUGGACAAUCGAUAUCUCCACUUCAACAGAGUGAUUCAAAUCAUUAUGCAGUUUUAGGGGGAGGAGCAAAAUUGUAUCUUAGUUCAGUGAGAGGACAAGUUUUGUGGUUAGAGAAUUUCGGGGCUUUUGCAGUAUUGGGAGAUUUUGCUGGUACUUGUGUUAGUGAUCCAGAAAAAUGUAGUCAACAAGCUGGAAGUGCCCCACUUGGUAUGACCCCAGGAUUAACAGUAUCAUUUUGGCUUAAAAUUACAGCAUCUGAUCUUGCAGUUCCAUUAAAUGACCAGCAGCAACAACAUCAGUACAUCAUUUCUAGUGGGGGGCAAGUGAGCAACUCGAGGGGUUUUUCAUUUUUGUAUGCAGCAGAGGAACAAAAAUUUAAACUUCAGUUGCAAACAAGAUAUUAUGUAUACAUGAUUGAGUUUAGCAAUUUACAAGAAACAUGGUGUCAUAUUGCUUUUACAUGGAAAAAAGAAGGUCAGCUUGUGCUUUACAUAAAUGGAGUAAUAAAAGAUGCGAGAGAAAAGCAAGAAAAAACAUUUGAGUUAGAUACACACACUAAAUUGACAGUUGGUAAGCCAAAUCACAUUGAUAAACAUUUUGGAAGAUUCAAAAUGGAUUUGCUUAGUAUCUUUUAUUAUCAAUUAUCAUCAACACAAAUUGGUGAAAUUGUGAACAAUGCAGCUACAAAUUUACUGCAUUCACUUAAUACAUAUCUAUUGCAACCAAUGAAGGCACCGUCUUUGCAUUCACUUAAUGCACCCACAUUACUAAGUUUCCACAACUUUUAUACUAAUCCUUUUCCUACUUUUGUUACUAAAGUAACCGGACCAUUUGCCACAGUAUCCCCAUCUCUUAUUGAUAGUGGAGAAAUUAAUCCAACUGUUCCUCGUGGUACUACUAUUAAACCUGCUUCUCAGCCACCAACACCAACUUCUCCUACAGGCAAAACAAGUGCAAUUUGUACAGCAAAGCUUGAUCUUGUGUUGCUCAUCGACAAUUCAGGUUCUAUUGAAGCACGAGGUCGUGAAGGUUAUUUUGAACAAAUUAAAAUGUUUAUCAAAAAUUUAAUGAAGCUUUUCAGAGUAGGUACAGAUGCUAAUGUUGCUAUUAUUGAAGCUUCAUCAGAUGCUAGAAUAAUUGCUAAAUUUGGAGAUGUCAAAGAUAAAGUUGUGUUUGACCAAUAUAUAAACAAUCUUAAUUAUAAGAAAGAGCGAUCUUUUAUUGGUAAAGCAUUGGAAUUAGCAAGAACUGAUGUAUUUUCUAGAAUUCUCUGUAAACAAAGUGCUAAGUUAAUGAUGGUGAUAAGUGAUGGUUAUGCUUCAGAUGAUGUUACAUUGUCAGGUGUUGAACUGCGAGACUUAGGAGUAAUUAUGAUGGGCAUUGGGUAUGGCCCUGAAACACAACUAAUGCGGUAUACUCUUGAAAGUUUGUCUUCUGAUCCUAAAGAUCAAUACACCUUUGUGUUUGGUUAUGACCGACUUAUUGAAUCAGUACAACUUAUUGUCAAAAAAGCAUGUGAAGCUGCAACAGAGGCUUCAUUAGUUGAUACCACUGAUCAAGUUAACAAUAACCCAAUUAAAGGCGCUGUUGGUCAGGAGUUUAUUAAUUACUUUAUGACAGAAAUUAAUAAAUAUCGCCGUAUGCAUAGUGCAAUACCAUUAACUUGGUCUGUUGAACUUAGCAUGAAGGCUCAACAGUGGGCUGAGUAUCUUGCUAAUGAGGACAAACUUCUAACAAAACCAAAAGUUCACUAUGGUCAAACUUUAUAUAUUUCUCCAAAGCCUGGCCCGAUAUCUGCACAGAUUGCUGUCCGUGCAUGGUACAAUCAAAUAAUCUAUUAUGAUUUUCAAAAGCCAAGAAUAAGUGAACUAAAUAGUUAUUUUGUGCAGUUGGUUUGGCGCUCAGCAACCGAUGUGGGGGUUGGAAAGUAUCAGUCAGCAUCAGGAAAAACAUAUGUUGUUGCAUUUUAUAAUCCAAUUGGAAAUAGUGAUGAUGGAUUGAGUUUUAAUAUUCUUGCCAUGACUAGUUCAGCAGUGACUGGUGUCAAAUCAGGAUAUUGUCCUACUGGAUACCAACCGAAUUUAGAGUACUGCUAUAAGCUAUAUUCUGAACCAGUGACAUGGGAAGAGGCUGUAGCAACUUGCAGCGCUCAAAAGGGUGCGCUAACAUCUAUUACAAAAGAUGAAGAACAUUAUUUUAUAUUUAAUAUUUUACAUGCGCAUACAGUUAAGUCUACCUGGCUUGGAUUGAAUGACAGGAUGUUAGAAGGGUCGUUUACAUGGGUGGAUGGUGCUCCACUUUCUUUUAAUGGUUGGACUAAUCCACCAAUAAUUGGAAAUCAGAAAAGUUGCGUGCAACUUACAACUGAUGUAGGAUGGCAAACUGAACAGUGUGAUAUACAAAAUCCAUUUAUUUGUAAAACAAUACGACCAGGAGACCUCAUUUUUAUGGUAACAAUACAUUAUCCAACACAAGCAUGGAGCCAAGAUCUUGUGUAUGGAACUACACCAGCAGCUAUUGAACUUAUUCAACGUGUUGAAAGACUUAUCAUGAGUAUAUAUGGCUCUCGAGAGUGGUUUCUUAGUUAUACCAUCAAAGCAUUUAGGGGUCAUGUCAGUGUUUUUAUUGACAUGGAAUUACGAUUCUCCCCAGCUUCACCAAUUGAUCCUGUUGCUCCUUUAAAAAAUGUCACCUAUACUGAAGAUUGCGAUGGUUAUAUUUGUGAUUUGACUGAUGUCCAGAUUGUUCCAGCAAUUAAUGUUACAUACAAUGGAACGUGUUCGGCAAAUUGUUACACUAGUUGUACACCAAACUGCGCUCCAGCUUGCUGUUCACCACAAACUUUACCUACUUACUACACAUAUGAAGUUGUUCAAGUACCAGCUGGACAGCAAACUGCAGCACCACCACCACCUCCACCACCACCGCCACCUCCUCCUCCUCCACCACCAAUUGUGUCGCCUGUUACUUCCGUUAUUGUGACUUUCCCUUCGUAUUGCGCCCAACAAUGUCAACAGGUGUGUACCCCUGCAUGUCCGCCAGAAUGCUGUCAACAAAAACGUCGAAAAAGAAUGGAAAUUUUGCACAAAAGAAGUAAAAUAAAUCACAACCACCAUCAAGGUUGAUCCCAAAGAUUGUUGAUAAACAGUAAAUCCAAAAAUCCAUAAAACCGGAAAUUAUUUUUAAAUGUGAAAAAUAUAUUAAAAACGGUUCUCGAAUAGAGUAUAUCUAAGUAUUUUUAUUAGAUUGAAAUAUAGAUGAUAUUGGGAGGUAACCA